GAUGAUGGAUCCAAAUUGACUAAAGACGAAAUUGUGUUUGUGUAUUAUUUGUUGUAUAUUGAUAUUGGGAUUGUGAUUCUGUUUUUUAUUUUAGAAUGAUAAGAAAAUGAGAAUUUGAAUUAUAAUCGGAUUCUAAGUUUCGUGAUUUGAAUCAAUUCAUCUGAACUUGUGUACCUAUCAUCGACCAAAUACCAGCUUUUUCACAAAUGGUGUGUAGUUAUUUUUAUUCAAAAUGAAUAUGGAUUGUGGAAUAAAUUUCACAAAUAAGGAUGAAGAAAUUCAAUACUGGAGGAAUAGAGCAGAAGAAUACCUACAAGAUGCAACAAGAAUACAGAAGGAAUUCGACGAAUUCAUAACAGAAUCUCAACAGCUAGAAAGAGAAUAUGAAGCAACCAUAGACCAAAACGAGAAGAAAAUAAAAGAAUUGACAUUGGGGAAUAAUAGAGCUCAAAAUGAAGCAGACUCUCUUAGGAUCAAAUUAGAACAAAUUCACAAAGAGAAUGCUAAUUUAGAAAUAGAAAUUUCCAACUCUAAGAAAGAAAAAAUGCAGAUGUCACAGUACAUCAGAGAUCUGGAACAAAAAAACGACGAUCUGGAAAGGUCCAGGCGGAUCAUUGAGGAAAGCAUAGCAGGAAUUGAGGCUGCAUUCAAUUCCGCCAUCGAGCGAAAUGCUAUGCUGGAAUCCGAAGUAGACGAGAAACAUACGCUUAAAGAAAAAUUGCAAAGAUUGGCAGAUGAAACCAGAGAUUUGAAACAAGAGCUGCUAGUAAAGGAGAGAGACAAAUUACCCGAUAACGAACGAUUUUUGAACGGAUACAAAAAUUCCGUAAUCGAUUCGAAUCGCCUGCGAGAAAAUGAAACUCAGACCACCCCGGCAAAACAUGAUUAUCAUCAAGCUCCUAUUUCACCAGCAUCCAGGGUUAUGGCCUUGAAUAUUGUUAGCGAUCUCAUUAGGAAAGUGGGUGGCUUAGAACGUAGACUGGAAAAAUCAAAAUACGAAUACAGAGAUAUUUCCACUAACGAUAUUCGACGUAGCAGAAGUUCAGCAAAGCCCAACACGGCACCAGGUCUACAUGGCCUCACUAAAUGAUAAUUAUCCUUUUAUUUAGAUAUAUUUAUUGUAACUACUAAAUAAAUCCUACCAAAAAAAAAUGUACGAGACUAUGCAGUGGAAAGUAUAUGGCUUUUAAAAAAACUAGAACUUAUUUGAAAAGCUGUUGUGAACAAUAAGAAGCCUUUUAUCAGUUUCAUCUUAGAACUUAGAUUCUAGAUAGAAAACUGUUAGUUUCAUAAAACUUCCCGAAAUGUCUCUUAAGGAUUACUUAUUAAUUGUUCAAUAAUUGAUACAUUUAAUAAUAUGGAAUAUUAAAUGGUAAUAAAUUAUUU